CAUUCUUGAACUCUCUUUCACGAACAACCACACCACACCCUUCAAAUUCCUCAAAAUUAUAACUUAGCCUUUUCAUCUUCUUCCUCUUCAUUCAGUCUCAAACCCACCACCCCCCAUCCAAUGGAGGACCGCAACCACAACGACACCGGUUCGGUCCUAUCUAAGAGACCCGAUUCAUUUGGCCGGUUCGGCCGGUUCGGCGGCAAGUAUGUCCCGGAAACUCUUAUGCAUGCACUCACCGAGCUAGAAGCCGCGUUCCAUGCCCUUGCUUCUGAUGAUGAGUACCAGAAAGAGCUUAGUGAGAUUCUGAGGGACUAUGUGGGUAGGGAGAGCCCCCUUUACUUUGCUGAGAGGUUGACAGAGCAUUACAAGCGUGGUGAUGGGGAAGGGCCUCAGGUGUAUCUGAAGAGAGAGGAUCUUAACCACACCGGUGCUCACAAGAUCAACAAUGCUGUUGCUCAGGCUUUGCUUGCCAAGAGGUUGGGGAAGAAGAGGAUCAUUGCUGAGACUGGUGCUGGUCAGCACGGGGUUGCCACUGCCACUGUGUGUGCUCGGCUUGGGCUGGAAUGUGUUGUUUAUAUGGGUGCUCAGGAUAUGGAAAGGCAGGCUUUUAAUGUGUUCAGAAUGCGCCUUCUUGGUGCUGAGGUGAGAGCAGUCCAUUCUGGCACUGCUACGCUGAAGGAUGCUACAUCGGAAGCUAUAAGGGAUUGGGUGACUAAUGUGGAGACAUCACAUUAUAUUUUGGGUUCUGUUGCCGGGCCACAUCCGUAUCCUAUGAUGGUAAGAGAAUUUCAAGCAGUGAUUGGCAAAGAAACAAGAAAGCAAGCAUUGGAAAAGUGGGGAGGGAAGCCAGAUGUGCUGGUAGCUUGUGUUGGUGGAGGUUCAAAUGCCAUGGGACUUUUCCAUGAAUUUGUGGAUGACAAUGAUGUUAGGCUGAUUGGAGUGGAGGCUGCAGGGUUGGGCCUAGAAAGUGGUAAGCAUGCUGCUACAUUAACAAAAGGUGAAAUUGGGGUUUUGCAUGGAGCUAUGAGCUAUCUUUUACAGGAUGAUGAUGGGCAAAUAAUUGAGCCUCACUCUAUCAGUGCAGGGUUGGACUACCCUGGGGUUGGACCAGAGCAUAGUUUCUUGAAAGAUGUAGGGCGUGCUGAAUACUACAGUGUUACUGAUGAAGAAGCCCUGGAAGCCUUUAAGAGACUAUCCCAGCUUGAAGGCAUAAUUCCAGCUCUGGAGACAUCUCAUGCUUUGGCUUAUUUAGAGAAGCUUUGUCCAACCCUUCCAAAUGGAACUAAGGUUGUGGUUAACUGCAGUGGCAGAGGGGAUAAGGACGUUCAAACUGCUAUCAAGUACUUGAAACUUUGAAAUUAGGGGUCUUACACUGCUAUGACAUGAUUGAGUCUCCAGUAUAGUUUGACAGCUUGGUUCUUGAAUGGCUUUCUUUCUUAUUGAGAUUGCUAUGAAGUUCCUGAGUUUGAGGUGGAUCACUUAUGAAAGAAUUGAUUUGGGAAUAGUUCCCUUUGCGAAAAUCAUUGUGUUUAGGAAUUUUGAAAAUGUUAUAAGGAUUUAAAGGAUAUUGUCUUUGUUUUAUUUGUUCCAAAAAAGAAGGAAAUUGCUUGGAAUUCAGCAAAAGUAUGUAUGAUAAACAGAAGAUACAGUUUUGCCAAAAAGAAGCAUU